AAGUGCAGCUCUCACACACAGCUGGGUUUUAUUUUUCUCUGUGCAGUUUUAUGAUGUGGACAGCAUCUGCGACAAAAAAGGGAUACAUGUUACCGUUGUUUGGAUGUGCUUCCUAACUGUGACAGUGGAUAAGUUGCAGCCCUGACAAUGAUGGCAGUGAGGAGGAGACUGCUCCCCUGCGCGUGUCUGGGGCUGCUGGGUCUCCUUUGCUGGGUCUUGGUCUCCGGUGCCUUUUCCCCUGAGACGGAGCACCAAAUGGAGUUCAUGGACGCCAGUGAGCUGGGAGCGUUUCAGCCGCAGAGUGCCCUGUCAGACAUGGAGUUCUCAGCCAUCAGCUCAUACCGUGGCCCUGGCAACAAGGACCAGCGUAGCAACAAGGAGCUACCCAUUCUGCUGUGGUGGAGCGCGGGACUCUUCCCCCACUUUCCCGGGGACACGGAGCGCAUCGACUGUGCCACUUCUUCGUGCAUGGCCACGAGUAAUCGCAAGGUCCAGCACCACAAGAGGACGGCUUCCAUCAUCUUCUACGGGACGGACUUCCGGGCGUACGAGGCGCCGCUCCCCCGGCCGCCCCACCAGACCUGGGCGCUGUUCCACGAGGAGUCGCCCAUGAACAACUACCUGCUCUCCCACGGGCCGGGCAUCCGCCUGUUCAACCACACGGCCACCUUCAGCCGGGGCUCGGACUACCCGCUGACGCUGCAGUGGCUGCCCACCCUCAGCUACCUGCUGCAGCCCGCCGCCGUGCCGCUGCGGGAGAAGAACCUGUGGAGGGCCAAGGGCCUGGCCCCCGUGCUCUACAUGCAGUCCCACUGCGACGUUCCCUCGGACCGAGACCGCUACGUCCGGGAGCUCAUGAAGUACAUCGAGGUGGACUCCUACGGGAAGUGCCUCAACAACAAGGCGCUGCCGGCGGAGCUGGAGGACACGGCCACGGCCACCGGCGAGGAGCCGCGCUUCAUGAGCUUCGUGGCGCGCUACAAGUUCCACCUGGCGUUGGAGAACGGCCUGUGCUCCGACUACAUGACGGAGAAGCUGUGGCGCCCGCUGCACCAGGGCUGCGUGCCCGUGUACCGGGGCUCGCCGUCGGUGGCCGACUGGAUGCCCAACGGCCGCGCCGUGGUGCUGGUCGACGACUUCUCCUCCCCCGGGGAGCUGGCCGCCCUCCUGCGGCACCUGGACCAGGACGACGAGGCCUACGCCCGCUACCUGGAGUACAAGGACCCCGACGGCGGCGUCGCCAACGCCCGCCUGCUGGAGCGCCUGGAGGCCCGGGAGUGGGGCGUGAACGACAUGAGCAAGCCCAACUACCUCAACGGGUUCGAGUGCUACGUGUGCGACCGGGAGAACGCCCGCCUGGCCGCCGAGCGGGCCCAUCAGCGGGCGCCGCAGCAGGCCCCGCCUCCGCCGCCGGCCAAGAUGGCCAACAACUCCCACAUGGGCUGUCCGCUGCCCAGGCCGGGGUACGGAGACAUCGGAGACGUCCCGCCAGAUGAUGGAUGGUUGCAAAUAUGGCCCCUGGAUUACUGGCAAAGCCUGGACCAAGCAGAAGGUCUGGAGUCUCUGAUUAGACAUAAUGAGUCGGACCCAUCGCUCCUGUGGCAGCACAUCCAGAACAUCGCUGUGAGGAGAGCCAGAGGGAAGCACUGACACUUUGACGGACAGAAGAUGGGUCACAGCAGGAUUCAUCCACGGUGCCCUGUGGCGACUGUUGGGAGGUCGUGUUCUCCCUCUGUUACAAUGACCGAAUAAUACAUCAAUCAGUGAGGGGAGGGUUCUUAAGAGUUAUAUUUUAAUAUUUAGAGUAUUAGCAUACUUUUUCACAAUUCCUGAAUAUUUUAAUUGUAAUCAGUGAGCGCUAAUUCCCCGACACAAUCAUUCCUUCAUUACUGAAACCUAUUAUAUAUACAUACCUCUGACAGUAUUGAAUAUAUCAGUAUUACAUUUUUACAUCUAAAACUCUUUAUUCGGGUUCAUUGGAUCUCGUUAUCGAUUCUUGACUAGAAAUCGUACAGAAUACUAAAAGGGCUGCUCACUGGCAUUCCUGCCUCUCACGACAUGGGCUCAGCACCCCAGUCAGAGGUGUGUGUGUGUGUGUGUGUGUGUGAGAGGCCCUUCACAGGGUACAUAUAGCCCUCCACCUUCAGGGCAUCUGUGCUAUUUGGAGCUCCUCAAUUGCCCGUAUUGUGUGCGAAUGACUCUGUACCGGCCUUGGAUCCCAUCCAGAGGAGCUGUUGACCUUUGCAGUCUAUUGUCCAGACCUUUCAGGCUUGGUCGGCACAGUCAUCCAGGAAAAAAAUGAUGAAGGGACGGACAAUACUUCAACACUAUGGCAUACAAAUGUAAAAUGACCUGGGGGGGGGGGGGGGGGGGUAUACUUGUGUUAUGACUAUCAUCAAGACUGUACCUUUUGCAAAAAGCUGAAUAUGCUCUUUUGUUAUGCACAGCAGGUAGUUGCAUAAUCUUAAACUGCAUAAACAUAUUGUCUGACUAAUUAAGGAUGUAGAGAUAUGCAAUGAAAAUGGUGUCUGACUGAGGGAUAUUAAGAAAACAGGCAAAUGUUAUAUUUACAAAAGUUAAGUUCAGAAUUCCUAGGGGAAGUUAAUCCAUGUGCAAUAGCUUCAAGGGACAUCUCACUGGCACUGUAAUGUAUAAAAUCGCCUGCAACUAUUGAGAAAUUGCAGAUGUUCCACUAGCCUAACCUUAGUUCACCAUCUGUGCAAUAUGUUAAUUUUCAAAUUGGGAAUUGCCUCACUUUAAAAUAUGCAGCCUGUAGACUUAAUAAUCAUGUGCAUGGGGCUGACGUUACCAGCCAGAUAAACACACAUUUAUAUGGGGAUUCUGUAAAUCACUUUAUUUUAAAAGCAAAGGAUCACAGAAAGUGAACAUAUUUUGUACAUCAAGAAAUAAAAAGUUAA